CCGCCUUUGUGUUUUCUUUCACGACCACCAUCAUGGAUAGACCCUCUAUAAUCGAUGAUGAAAUCAUUGCUGAUAGCGAAGGGGAAGGGGAUUAUAUGCCAAGGCAACGAGAUGUCGUUGCAAACAGUGCGUAAUUCUCUAGUUUUACCCCUCAUCACGCGAAGGACAGUUCCAUAGUCGAGGCAUCUAGCACUUCCUCCGUACGACCUCGUCCAAGGCCUCGUCCAGCUUACAAAGGAGCAGCCGGUUAUCAACCAGACUCGAUUACCUCGAAUGAUUCAAGUAACUUAUUAGGCCACGCGAUACCUAAACCACCUUCGCACAAUCACAACAACGACGAUGAAAUUUCGGCUUUCGUUGCUCCUAGCAUCGCAGACCGGGCUAAAAUGCGUCGAAGGGACACCCAAAAAUCAAAACCGACGAAAUCCCCAUUCGAAGUGAUUGAAUUCUCUUCAGACGAUGACGAUGUAGACGAGUUAGCUCUUACGUCGUCAUCGAAAUCCAAGGUCAAGGCCAAGCCCAGCAGCUCUGAAACUCGAACGAAGGCCAAGACGAAGCGCGACAAGAACAAAAACAAGAAGAAUGGUAUCCCAUCGCCUUUACCACGAGAAGAAUCCUCUCAACCCAGCCUACCCAUGGGUACAUCUCCAGUCCUGCCGCGAAUCGAAUUAGCACCUGCACCUCCAUCCACGUUACCUCCCUCUGAUUAUCCCCAGUCCACACCAUCCGGUAUAAAUAACAUGAACGACAACGAGAACGAAUACCCGCCGAUAGCGGUUAUGCCGCAGCUACAUCUGCAGCUGCGGAGCGAUGUAGGAUCCUCUUCUCAAGUUACCUCUCCUUGUCCUUCGGCGAAAAGGAAGAGGUCGUCGGAGCAGGAUGAGCUAGAAUAUGAGGAUGUAGAUACCCGCAUGGUUACGGGUGUCGAUAAACCGGAUGUAUCAUCUCCCAAAGAAGCAAGCUCCUCGAAGAAGAAAACGGCGGCGAAGGUGAAGAAAGCAAAGGGCAAGAAGGCCGAGACAGAAUUCAACGGCGUUCGGGAUGGAGAUGGCGAAGGAAUGGGAAAGGGGAAGGGUAAAAAGGCGUCGAAAGGGAAAACCAAGGACAAGGACAGACGGAAGGCAAAAGCGAAAGAACCGGAGGAGUUUUAUGAUGAAGACGAUCUCUUUGGUGACGAACCUCGACGUCCCAGCGACAGGCCAGCCGCCGUUCGUGGCUCGAAAUCUCCACAAGGACUCUCAGAGACCGCAGGGAAGUCUCCCGACAAGGAUGACGCUUCCUCACCUUCACCACCGAAAAAGCAGAAACUUAAUGGCGGCAGCAGUUCGGGUUUGGAUAGUAGCAAGUUUAUUUCUUCAAAGCCUAAAGGGAGACGCAAUGUUGUUAUUUCGGAGGAUGAAGAGGAUGACGAUGGGAAGAUGGAAAAAAUUGUUUUGACCACCAAGGACAACGGUCGUGCCAAAACGGACAAGGAGAAGACUCAGAUUCGCGAUCGGGUUGAUCCAAAACAACAAGAGACGCCUCCUCAGCCUGCAGAGAAAGAUCUUGAAGCUCCUAAGGUUCGAGUGCCCUCAACUUCAAGGAUUAGUAUUGAUAUAUCGUGUAUACUAAUCACGAAUAAUAACAUAGGAAAACGUGGACCCGAAACCCGCCGCCAUUGCAGAAACGCCGAACAAACCAGCACAUACAUCUUCUAUUUCCUCGCGCUAUUUGAUUGCACCCCGAACGAAAUCCACACCAAUGUCUGAGCUAAUCAGACGUGUCAACGCACAACCGAAUUCUCCUUUCUCUCCCUCAUCUCGAUCUUCGCCUUCCGCUACGGGUGGGACGACUUAUUCUCCUUACCUGAAGAGCUCUCGCAGUAUGCUCUCACGGAUUGCUCCGUUGCAUCCGAACAGACGAACUCCGCCGCCACCACCACCACCACCGCCGAAGAAGAAGAAAUCGAAGAAGGAGUUGGAGAUGGAGGAGAGGUGGGAGGAAGAAGUUAUUGAGAGUGUAGGUGGAAUAACGGAGUGGGCUGCCCUAACUGAUCAGGACAGGAGGGAUAUGAGGAGAGCGAAGAGGGAGAGGGAAAUGUAUGGGUGUGAGGAUUAAGAAUGUCACCGACUUUAUUAUUUGCUACUUUAUAGUAGCUGCUGUAGAUUCCCGGUACUCGAUGAUGCUUGCGCGCGGUACUAGCGAUAAACACGUAAGUUUACAUGUUUUCCGGUAUGUAAAGUGAAAAUCGGGA